AUGACGCACUCACACAAUGACUUUUACGCUCCCGGCUCUGAUAUGCUCCUGCUUUCGAGUGACGAUGUCAAAUUCUGCGUUCACCGUUGUAUACUAGCGGCCGCUUCUCCAUUCUUUGAACAUAUGUUUGCAUUGCCACAGCCCCCUGACGAUCCAGCAAAUGAGGAACGUCGCCCUGUGAUCCCCGUGUCGGAGCCUGGCUCAACUGUACAGACGCUUCUGCGUUUCGUGUACCCCGUACCCCAUCCCACGAUUUCGUCCCUUGACGAGCUGAGCACUAUUCUCGGAGUCGCAGUCAAAUACGACUUCCUCGGCGUCAUUUCCUCUCUUCGCAAGCAGCUUAUCUCCUCCGUGUGUUUGAGAGAAGAUCCUGUGCGAGUGUUUGCCAUCGCGAGCCGAUACGACUUUGAGUAUGAAGCUCAGGUUGCGUCACGACACACGCUCUCCAUCAAUAUCCUUGAAUGUCCAUUGUCGGAUGACCUUCGCUUCAUCACAGCCCACUCUUACCACCGCCUCCUCGUCUUGCACAAGACACGCUCAAAGGAUGCCCAAGCGCUCCUCAAGAUUCCAGAAGACGUGAAGUGCUUGCAGUGCUCAGGGCCGUAUUACGGGGCGUUUGUACCGCCAAAGUGGUGGAAGGAGUUUGAAAGAAUGGCAAGAGCAGAACUGGAGACACGACCAACCACAGAUGUUAUCUUCGACAUGCCAUUCCUUGCACGGACCGCCGAGGCGUCAGGAUGCGCGCGAUGUGCAAGUAGCAUUCUGGACUCGCAUCAGUUCUUGUCGGAUCUGAAACGACAGAUCGACGAGCUUCCUUCUACCAUAUGA